AUGACGCUGUUGGACCGCGACAGCAGGGUAAGUAUCUUACGGUCCAGUGGAGUCGACAGGACGUACAGCAGCGGCUUGGGGCGACAGGAGAGCAGGGAAAAAACAGAGCCCAAAUGGAACCCAGGCAGCGACUGGACGUCGGAAAGGCAAGGAAAACCACGAGGACCAGGAAAGGAACGAGGAGAGGCGAAUGGAACCAGUGUCAGUCAAGCAACGCUACGGAACGAACGAGACAGGUGGAG